AUGGGUGAGGAUCUUUUUUGGUUUAUUAGAAGAGGUGGAGGGACUAGCUUUGGUCUCAUUGUUUCAUGGAAGGUGAAUUUACUCGAUAUUCCAGAAAAGGUGACUACAUUCAAUGUGACACGAACCUUGGAACAAAAUAAAACCCAACUAGUUUAUAAGUGGCAACAUAUCAUAGACAAAGUUGAUACCAAUCUCGGCCUUAGGUUGUUCUUGACUAGUAGGGAAUCUUCAUUUCUGCGUGGUAAAAGGACUGUCUACGUCUCUUUUAUAACUAUGUUCGUGGGAGGAGUCAAUGAACUCCUCCGCAAAAUGAAAAAGAGCUUUCCAGAAUUAGGGUUAGUAAAAGAAGAUUGCAUAGAGCUGAGUUGGAUUGAAUCUGUACUCUAUUCUUGGUUUCCUGUGGGAACAUCACUUGAUGCUUUACUUGAUAGGAAAAUCAAAGAUCUGGCAGGAUACGUAUACUUCAAAAGGAAAUCAGACUAUGUCCAACACCCUAUUUCAAUAUAUGGUCUCCAAGGUCUAUGGAAACUAAUGAAUCAACAAGGCCAAAAUCCACCAGACUUGUCGUUUACUCCUUACGGAGGAAAGAUCAGUGACUUUUCUGAAUCUGAAAUCCCUUUCCCACCUAGAGUUGGAAAUAUAUAUUAG